AUGACUGUCCUUUCGCUUCUCUCUCUACUCUUCCUGGCCGCGUUCUCCUCGCUCGCCUCCGCGGAGUCCGACUACCACGAGAGUCUCGUCCUCCAACCACUUCCGCAAUCCGCGCUGUUAGCUUCCUUCAACUUCCAGAGCAAUGACUCGCAGACCUCCUUCGAUGAGCGUCACUUCCGCUAUUUCCCCCGCGCGCUAGGCCAGAUCCUCCGCCACGCCAAUACCAAGGAGCUGCACCUCCGGUUCACAACGGGUCGAUGGGAUGCUGAGAGCUGGGGUCCUCGCCCGUGGAAUGGAACCAAGGAGGGGGGCACCGGUGUGGAGCUGUGGGCGUGGAUCGAUGCCGUGGAUGAUGAAUCGGCUUUCGCAAAAUGGAUCACCUUGGCCCAAUCACUCUCCGGGCUGUUCUGUGCCUCGUUGAACUUCAUCGACUCGACCAGAACGACGAGACCAGUCGCAUCUUUCGAACCCACAGGGACUCACGCGGCUUCGGACAAUCUGCAUCUUCUGCACGGAACACUUCCUGGCGAGGUGGUCUGCACCGAAAACUUGACGCCAUUUUUGAAGCUCCUUCCAUGUAAGGGCAAGGCGGGUGUGGCUAGCCUUCUGGACGGGCACAAGCUUUUUGAUGCUUCGUGGCAGAGCAUGUCCGUGGAUGUGCGUCCUAUCUGCACGCAGACCGGGGAAUGUGUUGUGCAGAUUGAUCAGUCGGUGGACAUUGUGCUCGAUAUCGACCGGUCCAAGCGUCCACGGGAUAACCCCAUCCCACGGCCCGUGCCUAACGAGCAGCUCGUGUGCGACACAUCCAAGCCUUAUCACUCAGACGACACCUGCUACCCGCUAGAGAGCACGUCCGAAAAGAGCUGGGGCUUGUCUGAGAUCUUCGGCCGCAGCAUUAGCGGAUCAUGCCCUCUCACCGAGGGUUCUACCGACGGAACGGUCUGCCUGCGAGUGCCACACGAACGAGAAGUCCGUGCGACUGAAGGCGCGGUGGAAGUGAAGAAGCCCGACGGGUACACCCGCUGCUUCACCCUGGAGUCUUCCACACCUUUUGACCUCAACAUCCCCGAGCAGGAGGCCACGACCCAAGCUCCACUUGAUGAGCCUGUGCUGCGCGCCGAGCGCACGAUCGUCGGACACGGCCAGGAACGCGGAGGGAUGCGGAUUAUCUUCGACAACCCUUCGGACACCCACCCUGUUGACUUUAUCUACUUCGAGACGCUGCCGUGGUUCCUCCGCCCCUACGUCCACACCCUCCAAGCCACCAUCACGGGCCGCGACGGGCUACGUCGCCAAGUGCCCGCCUCGCAAUUCAUCAAAGAAACCUUCUACCGCCCGGCCAUCGACCGCGAACGCGGGACCCAGCUCGAGCUGGCGCUCUCCGUGCCGGCCGCGUCGACGGUGACGCUUACCUACGAUUUCGAAAAGGCCAUCCUGCGGUACACGGAGUAUCCCCCGGACGCCAACCGCGGGUUCAACGUCGCUCCGGCGGUGAUCAAGCUGAGCCCGGCGGGCGGCGGCGGCGGCGCCAGCCACCCGAUCUACAUCCGCACGACGAGCCUGCUUCUUCCACUCCCCACUCCGGACUUCAGCAUGCCAUACAACGUGAUCAUCUUGACGAGCACGGUGAUCGCGUUGGCUUUCGGCAGUAUCUUUAAUCUGCUGGUGCGCCGUUUCGUGACGGCCGAAGAGGCCUCGGCCAUGCGAGCGCAGACCCUAAAGAGCAGGUUGGGUGGGAAGCUCGUUGCUCUCCGGGACCGAGUCAAGGGGAAGACGGCGAAGACGGAGUAGUUCAUGUAUUCAUAUAGCAUUUAGAUCAC